AUGACUAAAAAACACACCCGUUCGAGUCGUUCAUCAACUGAAUUGAGCCCGAUGACAGCUAAGAAAUUCAUGAAUGAUGAAUUAGUCUUGGAAAUUACUCAACCCAUCAUCGAGAAUCCUGAACUUCGACAACAGCUGAUUUCACUAUUUCUUUCUAGUACCGCCGCUACCACAGCUAAUCACAUGGAUGAUAGUAGUGAAGAACAGAAAGUAAAAAACGAUGUUGACUGGAGCGGUUUGAUUGUUACCAAAGCAGGCGAGAUCGGUACAUUACUCGCAUCUACUGUCGAAAAUAUUUUUUCGGAACGAAUUGAUAAUUUGGAAGAAAGACUUGAUUUAGUGGAAAACGAAUUAAAAGGUGCUCGUCGAUAUUCUCGAUCUUUUAAUAUUCGAAUCUAUGGCAUGGGUGAUACUCCAAAGGAGACUCCUCUUCAAACAAAAGCCAAAGUUGACAACUUCUUUUCUACUCAAUUUGGUCUUACUUUUCAACAUGGAAUCGAGUUCUGUCAUAGACUGCAGUCUUCUAUACCAAAUAAACCUUGUCCGAUUAUUGCAAGACUAUAUUCUCGUCUGGAACGUCAACAAAUAUUGUCUUCUUUGGGUAAAAUAAAGGGCAAAAAUUUGGGAAUUACAGCAUUUGAUGAUUUAACUGUAAAUUCUUUGGCUAUAUUCAAACGUGAAAGAACUCGGCUCAAAGAUGAUGAUACAAAGCGAGUAAUUCCACGACAAGGCAAAAUAUUCAUACAAAAUGAAGAUGAUCGAAGUGUGUUAAAGUAG